UCCAUUAUCAGUCGAUCAUUAUACACCAUUCGAUAGCCCUUUUCAAGAGCUACAUGUCUGACGGUUCAAAUUUGAAAAAGCUCAUUUUCGGCUUUUUGGCCAAAUGUCCGCUUGAAUGCCCACUGUGUGGCAUUGGUGAAGUUGUGCAAAUAGAUGAAUCGUUAUUUCGUGGCAAGCGCAAGUAUAAUCGCGGCCGGCAAUUACUGGGCAAUCGUAGAAACGCAACGACAGCCUCCAACAACAACAACAACAACGGCCUCGUACAAUACCCAAGUUCGACGUCCAGUGAUGAUUCAGAUUCCAGUACUGUUCAAACAAAUAACAACCGCAAUUAUGGGACAAGAGUUGAUGGUCCCUGGAUAUUCGGAAUUGCGCAGCCAACGGCAGAGGGAUACGAGGCCCGUUUUUUCCAUGUACAACGACGUGAUGCUGCUACACUACUUCCAAUUAUCUGGAAAAAUGUUUAUCGUGGCACCACAAUUUGGUCAGACGAAUGGAAAGCUUAUUGUCGUCUACAAACAACAUACGGGUAUGACCAUCAAACGGUGAACCACUCACAAAAUUUUAUCGAUCCACACACGGGCUGCCACACGCAACUUAUCGAAUCGUUAUGGGGCGCAAAAACAAAGAUUCUUAGAACAAUGCGAGGAACAACUUUAUUGGACUCACAUCUGGCCGAAUUCUGGUAUCGUUCUGUUCAUAAGUCAAUGUUUCCAUCUAUUUUGAAUGAUAUUCGACAUUAUCGUACAAAAUAA